UCGCAUUUAUGAAAGGGAGAGCAAGGCACUUGCGAAUGAGAGGACGGGCAAAGAAAAUGUCACACACUGUUCGUUUGCUGAUAUUUCUUCUGUCUCUAGGAUUUACAUUCCAGAUCGCAAAGGGCAUUUUUAUGGACAAACUUGCCAGCAAGAAGCUGUGUGCGGAUGAGGAGUGUUUGUAUGCCAUUUCCUUGGCAAGAGCAGAAGACGACUAUAAUGCACCGGACUGCCGAUUUAUUAAUAUUAAAAAGGGAGAAUUGGUCUAUGUUUACUCCAAGCUUGUACCAGAAAGAGGAGCUGGAGAAUUUUGGGCUGGAAGCGUUUACGGUCAGCAUUAUGAGGACGAGAUGGGCACUGUUGGUUAUUUCCCCAGGAAUUUAGUCACAGAACAGCAUGUCUAUCAGGAAGCAAAUGAGACAGUUGCCACAAAGGUAAAAGAACAUUUAAAAAUGAACUAG